CGACCUGCUGUUUACUUCCAUAUACAGGCUAGCAUGUACGGUAAAUAUGCUACCCCCGGUCAGGCGUGCCAUUUGCGAGGAAGUGUCGCCACAACAUCCAUCCAUGGCAACCGCCUUUGUGGACAUAGAAGCAAUGUGAUAGGCGGCACCGUAUGCCGUUCGCUCUCAACAACCCAAGCAAGCCAAGACGCCGGUGCAGAAGCUGCUACUGUUCAAAGUGAAAGCGAACGCCUGGUGCGGCGGGGACCUAUCACAGCGGAUCUGGUUCGGGACCACAGCACACUCUUCUCCUCGCUGCUUUCUGAAUACGCGUAUCAAGUAAAGGAUGAGUGGGUCAGCGGCAGCAUCCCGCCCGACCUGUGUGGCACCUACUUCCGCAACGGCCCCGGAUUGCAGGUUUCCAAUCCGCGCUACCGCCGCCAUACCUUCGACGGCGACGGCAUGGUGCUCAGUCUGGGCUUCAGGGGGGGGCGCGCGUACUUCCGCAACCGCUUCGUGAGGACGGAGGGGUUCGUGCGGGAGCAGGCCGCGGGCAGGCUGCUGUUCCGCAACUCCUUCACCCGAGGUGCCGCCGACGGCUCCCCCUUCUUCAACCCCUUCGACCUCAACUUCAAGAACGUGGCCAACACCGGAGUGCUGUCAUGGGCGCAGCAGCUGUGGGCGCUGUGGGAGGGGGGGCUGCCGUACCGUUUGGAUCCGGUCAGCUUGGAAACGUACGGCGAGAGCCGUCUGGGUGGCUCCCUGCCGCCUGACGUCAGCACCUUCUCAGCGCACUUCCGCAUCAUGCCGCCGUCAUCAGCCCCUCCUGCUGCUGGUGCUACAGCUGCUGCUACUGCUGCUACUGCGGGUGCAGCUACUGCUGCUACUGCGGGUGCCGCUACAGGCAGUUCACAUGGCGUCAACACAUCAGCAGCAGCGGCAGCAGCAGCAGGCGCAGCGGGAGGGCACACCGAGGGCGGGGGUCGGCGCUGGGUGGCCUUCUCCACCUCCCCGGCGGGACUGGGUCGGAGUGCUGGGAUCGUAUUUUACGAGUUUGCGGAGGGGGAGGCAGGCGGGCAGGGAGAGGGGAAGGCGAAUGGAGAAGGAUGCGGACCCAAGCUCCUGCAUGAGACGAGAUACGAGCUGAAGGACGUGUUGGUGCCCUUCAUCCACGACCUCCUGGUGUCCGAGCACUACUACAUCGUCGUACUCAGCCCCGUGCGGUUCGACACGCGCAAGUUCGCCACCCGCUACCUGCUGAGUCGCUGCUCCAUCGCGGAGUGCCUGGUGUAUGAGGGAGGGGGCGAUGGGGGUGGGGGUGGUGGGGGCGGCAAGGACAGCAGCAAUGGCAGCAGCAGUAGCAACGGCAGCAGUAGCAAUGUUCAUGCCCGUGGGGGAGGUGGAGGCGCCCCCUCUCGAGUGGUGCUGGUGCCCAGACCGGGGAGGCCCAGUGGGAAAGUGUUGCGCCCCCGGGAGUUGUCCGCGCCCCCCUCCUUCAUCUUCCACCACGUGAAUGCAUUCGAGGCUGACAAGCCACCCACCCGGGGGGCGGCAUCCCAGGCAGCCACCCAGGAAGACGAAGAGCCGCUGGUGGUGAUCGACACGAUAGCCUGGCAGGACGUGUCCUUCAGCGUCAACCAAUACACCUACGGCCCCGAUUACUACACUGGCGGCUGCCGCUCGCACCUCACUCGCCUGGUGUGCGAUCCCUCCACCUGCGCCGUCACUUCGCACCGGCUGAUGCGGCGAACCGCGGAGUUCCCAGUCGUUGACCCACGGGUCGUGGGUCGGCCGCACCGCAUGCUGUGGGCCGCAUGCGACGCGGUGGACGAUGAGGUGCACUGGGGCCCGGGGCAGGCACUGGUGCGGGUGGAGGUGGAUCCCGGGUUGGGGCUGGGAGCGGCGGAGGCGGAGACGGAGGAGAUGGGAGGGCAGGCGGCGUCGGAGGGGCGGCGAGCGACGACGGAGGGCGGCAGUGGGCGGCUGAGUGGACGUGAUGGUGUGGCGGAGGGAGUCAAGACGGAUGUGUGGUAUGCGGGCGACCGUCGCUUCGUGGGAGAGCCCAUCUUCAUUCCGCGAUCCGGCAACCCCGCCGGGCAGCAGCGGGGCUCACCAGUUGGUAAGGCCGGGGCUGCUGCUCCUGCUGCUGCUUCUGCUCCUGCUGGUGCGGCGGAGGGCCCGGCGGCUGCUACUGCUGCUGCCGCUGCUGCUGAGGAGGAGGAGGAGGGCGCCGGCUGGUUGCUUGCAGUGGUGCACGACGCGGCUAGUCAGGUGGGGGAGGUGGUGAUCCUGGACGCGAUGCGGCUGGGUGAGGGGCCGCGA